CGCAAUUUGAUGACCGCAGUCCCAGUCCCGUCCUAGACCUUGAGACUCUGAACCUCACCAACAACUACUAGUUGCUCGCGUCCCAUCUCCUUCAGCAACAGCAGAGGCAGUCAAACCCACGCUGAUCAUGUCUGCAGCCCUCAGGACCGUCCCGGUCUACAUGCUCGCGUCCGUCGUCCUCCUCGGCGCCUUUUCCCGCUUCACCCACGGCACGUACACGCCGAUAUGGUACGCGUUUCAGGAAUACCACUUGCCGGACGACGGCUCGACGGCCGCGACGGUCACGCCCGUCAUCGACACCCUCAUCGGGCUGACGCUCCUGUUCGGGGCGCGGGCCCUGAGGCUCCUCGCCGCGUCGAUCAGCCUGUUGUUCUUCACUGCUGGGCUGGCGAUGCAGAUUCAGGCGGGGAAACAGUACAAAGGCGAUGUGGCCCUGGUUGUGCUGGCCGUGGCGGCUGUCGCGAGGUUGCUGUUUUCGAGAUAGAUAUAGGAAAGGGAAAAAAAACCAGGAAGGUCUAGAACGGGCAAAUGCUGUGCGACCCCUUGUGAGAGGCGCAGAGGGGACUGGCAUGUCUGCCAACUUCACACGCCCGUGGCAUUUUGGGAUGUGCCUGACUUGGGCGGCGUGAUCCUAGGAGGCGCUGCAUGAAGACAGCAGCAGUGAGAGAACCACCACGACGUCUGUUGUGCCCUUUCCGGGAAGAGUCGAUGGUCACCACCAUGUCUUUGACAUGGGUGGCCCUGUGGUGGUUUGGCGAAGUAAGUAGAAGAUCUGGGACUGCAUGCUUCUUACGACCCAUGCUUGUGUUUCCAAGCUCCAGUGACUCGUUGAACAUAACAAACUUGCAAGAGAGUAAAGAAUCUUUCCGAUCAGGACUUUCAAUCCCAUCACCAGAAUGGACAAAGGCCUCGCUUAUUAUCAGAGAAAAUAAAAUCCUGGCCGCCUCCUGCUAAUACUCA